GAGCAUCGACCUACGCGGACGACCAAAUCUUGACGAAACGACCCAAAAACACCAACUACGGGCAUUAUCCGAAAAAAGGAAAACGAGCGUUCGAAUCGCGAAUCCUUGAUCCAUCAAAUUUAUCCCAAUUGGCGACUGAGCGCAAACUCGUUUAUUCUUAAUCAUCAUGUCUUUCCGAGGAGGUUCGCGAGGACGCGGCGGUAGUGGAUUUGGAGGCCGUGGCGGUGGCCGCGGUGGCUUCCAGCAGCGAGACAUGGGUCCUCCUGCACAGAUCCUCGAAAUGGGCAAGUUCAUGCACGCCUGCGAGGGCGAGAUGGUCUGCGAGUCCAUCAACCCCAAGGUCCCCCACUUCAACGCCCAGAUCUUCCUCGAGAACAAGACGGCCGUCGGCAAGGUCGACGAGGUCCUCGGCCCCAUCAACCAGGUCUUCUUCACCAUCAAGCCCACCGAGGGCAUCCAGGCUACCUCUUUCAAGGAGGGCGACAAGUUCUACAUCGGCUCCGAGAAGCUCCUGCCCCUCGACAAGUUCCUUCCCAAGCCUAAGCCCCCGCCUGGUGCUCCCAAGCUCAAGCGCGCUGGCGGCAGCCGUGGCGGUGCCCGUGGUGGACGCGGCGGCUUCGGUGCUCGUGGUGGCGGUCGUGGUGGUUUCGGCGGUGGUCGCGGCGGCGCUGGCGGUUUCUCGCGCGGUGGUGGCCGUGGCGGAAGCAGUUUCGGUGGCCGUGGAGGCCGUGGUGGCAGCGGUGGUUUCUCACGAGGUGGCGGUGGUGGAGGCUUCGGUGGUGGUCGUGGACGUGGUGGUUUCAGCCGUGGAGGCCGAUAAUCUCCUGGCGAUAACAAGGACUACGGAUCACUUCUGCUAUCGAGGAGGACGAAGUCAACGCCUCAAACUGCUGCUGUAGUACAACGCGACCCACGAAAGCCGUUUAUAGGGAGGCGAAGUCGAUGGAGAGAGAAAACUUCGGGAUUUAGGAGGCGGGAAAGAACGAAAGAAAGGGAUCACAUGUAUUUUCUCCGGCGUUGGAUGGUUUCUGAUUUUCCAAAGUGCUUUGCUUGAUUUGGUUUUCCCCCCACUGGCUCUAUAUCCCCAAUCCUGCGAUGUUCGUGUGGAGUUUGUAUUUACAAACAUGAGGAUUCAACAAAGACAAGAGAGAGGACAAAAAGAACGGGCAACCUUUUUUACUUUAUGUAUCUGGUCAUUGUGAAAGAUAUAUGUACACUGUGAAGGCAUUAUUAUGUAAAGUCAUAUCCAAGCUCAUGGGGUAUAA